UUGAAGCGGAGUGUUUUCCCCAUUCGGAUUGGUUGGAUUGGAUUGGGUGUAGAUGAAUAUCCCUCUCAAAUUAUCCAUUCGGCCAACAAGACAUUCCGAUUGGGUGUCCAUCAGUGCUUUCCUCCUUGUCAGCUCUUCUAGAACAAUUACAUCAUCAAGCUUGGGUUGCUACAUACAUAAACCUUUUUUGAGAAGCAAAAAAAGAAAAAAAAAAAGCAGCAUAGCCUGAAGCUGAGAGAUUCAUUUUGCGAGCAGAGUUAGCGUAAUGGACUCCAAGCCAGCCUCUUCCUCCUCCUCCAGCCGAGCACAUCCAUCCUCCAGGAAGACCUCGAUCUCAGCUGACUCGAGACGCAGCUUGAGCAUCAGCCCUACUAACUCAAGGACCACCCACCAGAAAUCCCAGCUACCUCUCCCACUCAGAACUCAAGAGUCAAACAUCCUCUCCCCCAGCUCCACCAAGUUCAGCCAACUCAAAGCAUUCCAUCGAUCUGUCUCCUCCUCCUCAGCCGAUCAACUUGCACAACGACCACCAAGAACGCUUUCCCGAAAACCCUCAUCGACUAAGACCCUGCCCACCAAGAACAGCAACUGCAACUUCAAGAGCGCUCAGUCGACUCCUCCAACUCCAAACGGUCAACCGACUCAUCAAAACCAUCAAGUGACCAUGCUCAAGGAGCAACUCGCCAAACUUCAAUCCGAACUACGAAUCGCCCGGGGACAGGUCGCCACACUCGAUAACCAACUCACUCGCUCAAAGACUCCACCAAGCAAAACACCCCCCUUUGGCUCCAGCCUCAGCUCCUCUCAACGCCUCCAACAACAACAACAACACCCCUCCUCACAUUCAACUCAGCCCUCCCGGGCAGCUACCCCCUCACGCUCCCCCAAAUCCAGGAAAAAGUCCAACUCGGCCUCAAAAUCUCAUUCACUUCGAAAGAGCUCGAGUAGCGCUAACAGUGAACAAACUGAUGGUCUCAGCAUCCGAUUCAUCUCCGGUCCAGGUAUCCAUUCCUCUCGCUCGCCUCAGCCCUCCUCAAUCAUGGACGACUCCAGCCUACCCAUCAGUGACUCGGGCUACAUCAAGGAUCCAGACGGCGUCUGGGUCCCUCUCAACUCACCACCAGCCCACUCCCCCUCUCUGAACUUAUCCAGCUCGGCUCGUUACAAGUCUCCCUCGCCCUCCGAAGCCCCGCGUGGUAUCAGUAGAAUUCCUAUCAGCGCCGUCGCGCUCGGUAGAGUUCUUGCUGGUGACCCUCUCGUUCCCGAUCAUCAAUCAUUCCAAGCUGACAUCGCAGAAGAGCAGGAACCAGCCGAAGACCACUGUGAUAGUGUCCCUAGAAAUAGUGAAUAUUCAUCUGGUGCCUCCCUAUCAUCACCUCAAAUAGACGAUCAAAACACAACAGCAAGCACCGAACCACCAGGCAGUCAUCCACCCGCCGUCUCUCGACAACCGCGUGGGAAUCCGUUCUUUAGCUCAGGAGGGGGACGAGACCGAGGGGCGAUGAUCCACCAAAACUCGAAUGCAGACCGGACCACCAACGGAGGGAACACGGGCAAGGUGAUCACGACGCUCCAAUCAGACCUACUGUAUGCCCGGACGGCGCUGGACCAGUCCAAGUCGCAGCUCCGAUUGAGCCAGCGGGCGGUGGAGAGUCUCAACCGACAGACGGAGGAUCUCAAAGAAUCCAUGUCCCGGUUGCGACUGGAGAACGAGGGUCUGAGCAAGAUGCUGAGUCGGAAGGAACGUACGGUCAGUGAGCUGAUGGACCGGCUCAAGCGCUCCGAGGCCGAACUGAGCACACUCAAGCAGGAGAAGAAAGAACUGGACGUGAAUUUCAAGAAGAUCUCCAAGGAGACCGACGAGGUCGUCAAAGACUCUGUCCGGAGGAGAGAUCGCGCCGAAACUCAGUACGAGGCCGUCCGCAGUGGCGUCAAGAGUCUCUCCGAAGGCUGGAAGAGAGACGUCACUACUCUCAAACAAGAUAUCUGUCGAUUAGAAGAAAAACAUCGCAAGGAGAUGGAAGAUAGUCGCUUGAAAUACAACACUCUGGCCAAAUUACAUGCCUCACGAUCCGGAGCGCUCUCGAGGAUCGAGACGGAUCUGAACAAUCUGCAGAGCUCGAAGGAAGGAUUCAUUGCGAAAUAUACGAGUGAACUGAGUGGCUUGCGGGCGCAUCUAGAGGAAGAAGAGAAGAAAUCGAGCGAGGGGUUGCAAUUAGCUAAAGAGGUCUCCGACGAAUGUGCCCGCUUUAAACGCAUCCUGCGUAACCAUUCUACUGGUUCUUCUUCUUCUUCUUCUGCUGCUGCUCCUGGACCCCCUCAUCCUAAACUUAAACCUUAAUCUUCCCCCCUUUUUUUUAUCACCUCUCUCAUGUGCCUUGAAUGUGUGUAUCUUUUUCUUUGUUUGAUUCCUUUCUUACAUACUUUUAUUUAUUCUGCCUCUCCUCUUUUCUCUUUUGUCCCCUCUCUCUCUCUCACUUUUUUUUUUCCUUUUCGACUUUCACCUUGAUUUCCAUCGUCCUUUUCUGAUCUACUACUACAUCGCUAUCUCUGCCCACUCCACACGAUCUUUGUUUUGUCUAUCUAGUUCUCUCUCUCUCUCCCUCUCUCUCUCUUUCUCUUUCUAUGUUUUCUUUUCUUUCUGAUAUGUCAUUUAUAGUCAUAGUUAAUUACACAGUCUUCUCAUGGGGAGCUACAAAUUGGGAAAACACACAAGAUUAUGAAGAUCUAAGGAGAAUGGUUCAAAUAGAAGAACACUAGAAAAAAAAAACAAGUUUAUGGGAUACUGA